CACUCUGCCUCUGGCAUCCGGAGGGUGAAGAGGCGCAGCGGAAACAUGGAGGAGAUCGAUGUACCGUCUGUGUCAACUAAACUGCAGAACACAUUGAUCCAGUACCACAGCAUUCCAGAUGACACAUGGAGUGUGGCUAAGAAAUCAAGUGAUGUAACAGUCUGGCGAAAACCUUCCGAAGAAUUUGGUGGAUGCCUGUACAAAGUGGAGGGAGUUGUGAAAGAUGUGACAAACAGAAUUGUUGACUAUAUCCGGCCGGGACCUUACAGGCUUCAGUGGGACAGCUUGAUGACCACAAUGGAUAUCAUUAAGGAUUACCAACAGGGUUGCUGUGUGAUGUCCUACACAACCGCUGGACAACUUUUGAACAUCAUUUCCCCAAGAGAAUUUAUAGAUUUCUCCUACACUACAAAAUAUGAAGACGGUCUUUUAACUUGCGGUGUUAGCAUCGAAUAUGAAGCCGUGAGGCCACACUGCGUCCGUGGCUUUAAUCACCCCUGCGGCUGGUUCUGCGUACCCCUCCAGAACAAUCCUGAGCACAGCUUCCUGACUGGCUACAUUCAGACCGACCUGAGAGGAAUGCUUCCUCAGAGCACUGUUGACUUUGCCAUGGCUGGCUCCCUGGUGAACUUCUACAGCGACCUUCGGAAGGCCUUGACGAAGUCAUAGACUUAAAGCAGAAUUCCUAUGUGCUGCAUUAUUAAAGGGUAACCUACAGUGAGUUCCUUAGACUAGAUGCUUGAAAAUGAUUGUACUGUAAUUGCAUAUUAAUCCUCCAGAAGGGCAGAAUAUUUUUAAAUGAAGACGGCAAUGACAUAUAUUUUAUGAAAUUUAUUCUAUUUGACUGAAAAUGUAUUUUGUAUAAUUUUGCUGUCACAUUUGCCCAUACUGCUGUACAUAUACCCAGCUAAAUGUCAUGAUGUAUUGGUGCUGUUUUUCAAAGUUUCAAUUAGAAAAUAAGAGAUCAAAGGGUAGAUACAUGGUACAGUAUUAUAUAUUUUUACAGAAAAUAUCUGCAGGUUUAUACAAUCGCUGUUUGUCUACUAUCUAGGGAAAAAGAGAGGAUGCAACAAUUAAGAAACUCACAGAAGUAAGGCUGGGUUCACAUCUGUGCCGCAGACUCCACUGCAGAUUCUGUCUGUUUCUGUGGGGUGUCGUUGGUUUCCAUCAUAUAACAGAUUUGGCACUGAAGUUUUUGUUCUCCAUUUUUCUGUUCUAAGAAAGGAACAGAAAAGGGGAAACCACGAAGCAGAAGUGAAUGUAGUCCUUCUCUGCUCUAUAACCUGCAGGCACAUUUCCCAAAAUGUUAUUUCCUUUUAAGUAUGCUACACCUCCUAAUGUUGGUCCUUACAUUUAUAUAACAAGCAUUUCACAUUCAGUUUCUAGUGAUAUUUAAAGAGGCUUUCCAGAACACAGCGGGUCCUUCAAAUCCACUUUAAUUACACAUAAAUCGCUUGUAGGAGAAAGUUAAUAAUAUAGUUACCAUUCAAACGUUUUGGGAACCCAGUCAAGUGAAGCUCCUCUUGGGAAAAUCCAGCUUCUGUGGACAUCACCUCCUUCACCAGGUUUCCAGCCUGGGCUAUGGACGUCACUUCCACAAUGGACAAGGCCAGAACUAUCUCUGUCCCCGGCACAUGUGCAGAUGAGGUAGAUUCAGGAGUUUGUACAUGCACCAGGUUCAGGAAUAGCUCUGGCCUCCUCCAGAGCAGAAAGUACUUUCUGUCCAUAGCUCAGACUGAAAACGUGACUUCAUACAUGAAAACUGGAAUUUUAGAAGAGGCAUGUGAUGUAACCAGGUUCCCAGGGGGCCGAUUGAUGCAACUUUAGAAUGGUAAGUAUAAUACAAACUUUAUUCUACAGGCGAGUUAUGUGUAAUGAGGGUGGGUUUGCUGGACCAGAUGGGUCCUGGAAAACCUCUUUAAUUGGGCUUGAUACUUUCUUUUGUUUUUAAGUUAUUUUUAAUUAUUUAUAAUACUCAAAGGGGUUAUCCAGGAAUUUGAUAUUGAUAGCCUAUCCUUAGGAUA